CGGGUGCCCAGGUGGGUGCUGGAGGGCCACACCUGUGCCCCGCCCUGGCAGGCCGCGCUGUUCCAGGGCCGGCGCUUCGUCUGCGGCGGGACCCUGGUGGCGCCCAGGUGGGUCCUGACGGCCGCGCACUGCCACGCCCCCGGCCCCAUCACCGUCCGCCUGGGCCGCCCCGCCCACCGCCAGGUGCGCCCAGGUGAGGCCGCUGCCGGCCCCGCCCCCCCGGGCCGCGCCCCCGCGGGCGAGCCGGCCCCGCCCGGCGAGGCCUCACCUGCGCCAGGUGAGCAGCGGCGCUCGGUGCGCGUCUUCCGCUUCCCGGGCUACAACGAGAGCUCCAAGGACGGCGACCUGAUGCUGCUGCGGCUGCAGGUGCCCGCGCACCUGAGCCGCCAGGUGAGCCCCCUGCCGCUGGCGCGCACCUGCGCCGCGCCCGGCACCACCUGCCAGAUCUCCGGCUGGGGCUCCACCACCAGCCCCGAAGUGACGUUCCCGCAGGAGCUGCACUGCAGCCAGGUGACGAUCGUACCUGAGCUCACCUGCCGCCGCAUCUACCCCGACUCCAUCACCCCCAACAUGGUCUGUGCCGGGGAGCCGCGGAGCCGCGCCGACACCUGCCAGGGCGACUCCGGGGGGCCCCUGAUGUGCAACGGGCGCCUGCAGGGCAUCACCUCGUGGGGGCCGGGGGUCUGCGGGGACCCCCAAAAGCCGGGGGUCUACGUCAACCUCUGCCGCUACGGCCGCUGGCUGCAGGACACCAUGGCCCGGAACUGUGCCACGCCCAGUGCCACGCCCAGUGCCACGCCCAGUGCCACGCCCAGUGCCACCACCGUCACCCCUGUGCCACCCCCGAGGUCACCCGCUGUGCCACCCCCGCUGUCCAUCACCUGUGUCACCUGCGGUGUCAGCGCGGGCCGGGGCGGGGGCGGCGCGUCCCCUCCCGGCCCGGGGGUGGCACAGGUGGCGCAGGUGGCGCAGGUGAGUCCGAGCCAGGUGAGUUCUGAGACAGGUGAGCCCCCCCCCGAGCCAGGUGAGCCCCCCCCGACCCAGGUGAGCCCGAUCCAGGUGAGCCCCCCCCCGACCCAGGUGAGCCCGAUCCAGGUGAGCCCGACCCAGGUGAGCCCCCCCCCGACCCAGGUGAGACCCCCCCCGACCCAGGUGAGCCCGACCCAGGUGAGACCCCCCCCGACCCAGGUGAGCCCGAUCCAGGUGAGCCCCGAGCCAGGUGAGCCCCCCCUGAUCCAGGUGAGCCCGACCCAGGUGAGCCCCCCCGAUCCAGGUGAGCCCGACCCAGGUGAGCCCGACCCAGGUGAGCCCCCCCCCGAGCCAGGUGAGUCCGAGCCAGGUGAGCCCCCUGAUCCAGGUGAGACCCCCCCCAGCCAGGUGAGCCCGAUCCAGAAAAAUUCCCCCAAAUUUCCAAAAAUUCCAAAAAAAUUCCCAAAAUUUCCCCCCAAAAAAUUCCCCAAACGCCCCCAAACUCCCCAAAUUCCCGACCCCCAUCCCAGAUUCCCCAAAUUCCCGACCCCCAAUUCCCGUUUAUUUCCCCUCCCCCCAGGAAUGGCUCCCCGCGCCCGCGGCCUCCCCUGGCCCCGCCCCCCGCUGCUGCUGCUCCUCCCCCUGCUCGCGCUCGGCCCCGCCCACGGAGCCGGCCCCGCCCAGGAGCUCCCCGAGGAGGACGAGUCGCGGAUCAUCGGGGGCCGGCCCUGCUCGGUGGCCCAGCGGCCCUUCCAGGUGGCCCUGACCAAGCGGGGGCAGAUCCUGUGCGGGGGGAGCCUCGUGGGGGCGCGCUGGGUCCUGACGGCCGCGCACUGCCGGCAGCCCACCAGGGAGCUGCAGGUGCUGAUCGGCACCAACACGCUGCGGGCAGGUACGGGCCAGGUGCGCCGCGUCUCGCGCCUCCUGGUGCACCCCGGCUACAACCCCCGGCGCAACGACAACGACUUCAUGCUGCUGCACCUGGACGCACCUGUGCGCUUCGGGCCGCGCGUCAAGAAAAUCCGCGUGGCCACCAGGUGUCCCCGGGCCGGGCAGAACUGCAGCGUCAGCGGCUGGGGCACCACCAAGUCACCUGGAGCCAAGCUGCCGCGGGACCUGCAGUGCGCGCAGGUGCAGACCUUCGGGCCGGAGCAGUGCGCCCGCGCCUACGGCAGCGCCGUCACGCCCAACAUGUUCUGCGCAGGUGUGCCCCAGGGCGGCGUCGACUCCUGCCAGGGUGACUCCGGGGGCCCGCUGGUGUGCGGGGGGUACCUGCAGGGCGUGGUCUCCUGGGGCCUGGCCGUGUGUGGCCAGCGGGGCCAGCCAGGUGUGUACAGCAACGUGUGCCGGGCCAGCGCCUGGAUCCGCCGCGCCAUCGGCGCCUGAGCGCCCGCGCUGGCCGCGAGGGACCGCGAGGGACCAGGAGUGACCACAGUGACCAGGAGUGACCAGGAGUGACCACAGUGACCAGG